AUCGAUUUUAUUAGUGCACAAAUUACUAUAUCGAUGGUACAUGUGCUGUCAUUCUUUAAACACUGUGUUGACAUGUCUGUAUUUCUUCUAACCAAGUGGGAAAUAUCUCCGACCUGACUUUACAAGUCGGUGGCUGAUGUGGACGGGUUUUGCCACUGUACUCUGAUUUGAAAGAUACGACGUGAACGUCACAUUCAGGACACAACCUCGUGUUGCAUUGUGGGAACUUUCUCUCCGAUAAUCAUGGCAGACGCGUUUGGCGAAGGAUUAUUCAGCGUGUUUGACGAUGAACAGCAAAGUAACACAAGCAAAAGUAAAUCUGCCCCUGUGGCUCCGGAACUAGGGAAAGCUGCAGGUAAAAAUGGCACUGACAAGGAUGCUGGUCCACCUGCCCCGACCAAGAGGGAGGCAGACAGUGACGGUGGAGAGGAGGUGGUGUUUGGGAAGAAACCUCGGCAUGAGACAGUCACUACAAAUGACCUAAAUCUUGCAGAAUUUAUGCCCCAAGUGAAGGUGGAGCAAGUUGAGACCGUGGAAGGAUGCUCCCAUGAGGUCGCUCUUCCUGCUGGUGAUGAAUAUAAACCACUAAGACCUCGAGUGGGGAAAGCAGCCAAGGAGUACCCAUUUAUCCUCGACCCAUUCCAGCGUGAGGCCAUCUUAUGUAUUGACAACAACCAGUCUGUGCUUGUGUCUGCACAUACCUCUGCUGGCAAGACUGUUUGUGCUGAAUAUGCCAUCGCCCUGGCCCUCAGAGAGAAGCAGAGGGUGAUCUUCACCAGCCCCAUCAAGGCUCUCUCCAACCAGAAAUACAGAGAGAUGUACGAAGAGUUCCAGGAUGUGGGGCUGAUGACUGGGGAUGUCACCAUCAACCCCACUGCCUCCUGCCUUGUCAUGACUACUGAGAUCCUGAGGAGCAUGUUGUACCGAGGCUCAGAAAUCAUGAGAGAAGUGGCAUGGGUCAUCUUUGAUGAGAUCCACUACAUGAGAGAUGCAGAGCGUGGUGUGGUGUGGGAGGAGACCAUCAUCCUUCUUCCUGACAACGUGCAUUAUGUCUUCCUGUCAGCCACCAUCCCCAAUGCCAGACAGUUUGCUGAGUGGAUUUGUCACCUACAUAAACAGCCGUGCCAUGUAGUGUACACAGACUACCGUCCUACUCCACUGCAACACUACAUCUUUCCAGCAGGGGGCGAUGGACUCCACCUGGUGGUCGAUGAGAAUGGAGACUUCAGAGAGGACAACUUCAACACAGCUAUGCAGGUGCUGAGAGAUGCAGGGGAUUCUGGGAGCAGUGGAGGUGGCAAGUGGGAUCCAAGAGGACGCAAAGGAGGAACUAGGGGUCCAUCCAGUGUGUUUAAGAUAGUGAAGAUGAUCAUGGAGAGGAAUGAUGAGAAGCGUCUGGUGGAGGAGGUGUUCAGCAACGCAGUGGACUGUCUGUCAGACGAAGACAAGAAGCUCCCUCAGGUGGAGCAUGUGCUGCCACUGUUGAAGAGGGGGAUAGGCAUCCACCACGGAGGCCUGCUGCCCAUCCUGAAAGAAACCAUAGAAAUCCUUUUCUCUGAAGGCCUGCUCAAGGCCUUGUUUGCCACAGAAACAUUCGCCAUGGGCAUCAACAUGCCGGCUCGCACGGUGCUCUUCACCAGCGCACGCAAGUUUGAUGGCAAGAGUCACCGCUUUAUUACAUCAGGUGAGUACAUCCAGAUGUCUGGACGUGCCGGGAGGAGAGGAAUGGACGACAGGGGAAUUGUUAUUUUUAUGGUGGAUGAGAAGAUGAGUCCAGCUGUGGGCAAACAACUACUCAAGGGAUCAGCGGACCCCCUGAACAGCGCCUUCCACCUGACCUACAACAUGGUGCUCAAUCUGCUGCGUGUGGAGGAGAUCAACCCUGAGUACAUGCUGGAGAAGUCCUUCUACCAGUUCCAGCACUACAGAGCUUUGCCUGGUGUAGUGGAGAAAAUUAAAAAGCUAGAGGAGCAGUACCACGCCAUUGAGAUACCCAAUGAAGAGAGUGUUGGCACCUACUUUAAAAUCAGACAGCAGCUGGCCAAACUGGGUAAAGAGAUACAGGAGUUCAUCCAGAAACCCAAGUACUGCUUGCCCUUCUUGCAGCCUGGACGACUUGUUAAGGUGAAAAGCGACAACACUGACUUUGGCUGGGGAGUUGUGGUAAACUUUUGCAAGAAGACUAAUGUGAAGACCAGUACGGACUCAGAGCCGCUGUACGUGGUGGAGGUUUUGCUCCACUGUAGUAAGGACAGUGUGAAAGAUGCUGCGACUGAGGCGGCUAAACCUGCUACUCCAGGGGAGACUGGAGAGAUGCAGGUGGUCCCAGUGAUGCUGCAUCUCCUGACUGCCAUCAGCUCCGUUCGCCUCUACAUCCCCAAAGACCUGAGGCCCCUGGACAACAGACAGCUCAUGCUCAAGUCUAUACAGGAAGUGCAGAAACGUUUCCCAGAUGGCGUUCCUCUUCUCGACCCCAUAGACGACAUGGGCAUCAAGGACCCUGCACUGAAGAAAGUCAUUCAGAAAGUGGAGGCCUUUGAACACCGCAUGUACUCCCACCCCCUGCACAGCGACCCCAGUUUAGAAUCUGUUUAUUCUCUCUGUGAGAAGAAAGCUUUGAUUGCAGUAGAAGUUCGAACAGCCAAGCGAGAGCUGAAGAAAGCUCGGACCGUCCUACAGAUGGACAAGCUGAAGUGCAGGAAGAGAGUUCUGCGGCGCCUUGGCUUCGCCAGCCCCUCUGAUGUAAUUGAGAUGAAAGGGCGAGUUGCAUGUGAAAUUAGCAGCGCCGACGAGCUCCUGCUGACAGAGAUGAUAUUCAACGGCCUCUUCAACGAUCUGACGGUUGAACAAGCCACCGCCCUGCUGUCCUGCUUUGUCUUCCAGGAAAACGCCAGUGAGAUGCCCAAACUGACUGAGCAGCUAGCUGCACCCCUGAGACAAAUGCAGGAGUGUGCGAAGCGCAUAGCCAAGGUGUCUGCAGACGCCAAGCUGGAGGUGGACGAGGAGACCUAUUUGAACCAGUUCAAGCCCCACCUGAUGGACGUGGUCUACGCCUGGGCUAAUGGUGCCACGUUCGCUCAGAUCUGCAAGAUGACCGACGUCUUUGAAGGGAGCAUCAUCCGCUGCAUGCGCCGUCUGGAGGAGGUACUGAGACAAAUGUGCUCUGCCGCCAAGGCCAUAGGCAACACCGAGCUGGAGAACAAGUUUUCGGAAGCUAUAACGAAGAUCAAGAGAGACAUAGUCUUUGCUGCCAGUCUUUACCUAUGAUGCUGCUGGAGGAGAAGGCAUAUUAUUGAUCUUAUGAUUAACCCAUGGACGGAUGUUUGCUCUCAGUGGGGUUAAAUAUUAUGGCGCAUUUCCCAGAAGGUUAGUUGAGCUGAGUUUCAGAUCACUUUUCUGAUCAGACGUUAUCAUCUUCGAGCUCCUGUCGCAUUUUAUAAACAAAUGAGCCGAAUUUCUUUUACAUUGAGGUGAAUACAUUGAACAUUCAUGCUUUUAUUUAGUUUGUGCAGUAUGACAUUGAUAUCUGACUGAUAAAGGUAACAGGUCAUGCUUUAACUUUGACAAUACAAUUCAGUGUUUCAUAUGCAUUCGUGUUAAAAUGGCUUUUUCCUUUUGUUGUUGUUUUAGACACUUGUACAUAUGUAACUUUUUCAAUAAAAGUCUGUAGUAAUGUGUUCACAUACA